AGGGAGGACGGAGGAGCCAGAGCCUGGUGAGGUGAGGAGCCUCGCCCAGCUCACCUGGGAAGGGCGCCAUGCAGGGGCGGAGCCCGGCCCAGGUCACCCGGGCGGUGGCGGAACUGAGCCGUCCCGGCGGAGGCCAUGCGCCUUUGGCAAUCGGUCGGGCUCACCUGCGUGGGGGGCUGGGCGGGCGCACCUGCGCGGGCGGGAGGCGGGGCCGGGAGCCGCCGUCGAGCUGAGACCGCGAGCGGAGGCGGGAGGCCGGGGUGGAGAGGCUGCCGCAGGGCCCCCGGCUGAGAUCCCGCCAUGACUUGGAGCGCCACGGCGCGGGGCGCGCACCAGCCCGACAACACCGCCUUCACGCAGCAGCGCCUCCCCGCCUGGCAGCCGCUGCUGUCGGCCGGCAUCACGCUGCCGCUCUUCUUCUGCGCCGGCCUGGCGUUCAUCGGCCUGGGCCUGGGCCUCUUCUACUCCUCCAACGGCAUCAAGGAGCUGGAGUACGACUACACCGGCGACCCCGGCACCGGCAACUGCUCCGUGUGCGCCAUCAAGGGCCAGGGCCGCGCGCCGCCCCCCAGUUGCGCGUGCGCCUGGAGCUUCACGCUGCCCGAGCUCUUCCCGGGCCCGGUGUACCUCUACUACGAGCUGUCCAACUUCUACCAGAACAACCGGCGCUACGGCGUGUCCCGCGACGACGCGCAGCUCAGCGGCCUGGCCAGCGCGCUGCGCCACCCGGCCAACGAGUGCGCCCCCUAUCAGUUCAGCUCCGGCGGCCUGCCCAUCGCGCCGUGCGGCGCCAUCGCCAACAGCCUCUUCAACGACUCCUUCUCGCUCUGGCACCAGCGGCGGCCGGCCGAGCCCUUCGUCGAGGUGCCGCUCGACCGCACCGCCAUCGCCUGGUGGACGGACUACCACGUCAAGUUCCGCAACCCGCCGCUGGUGAACGGCAGCCUGGCGCUGGCCUUCCGCGGCACGGCGCCGCCGCCCAACUGGCACCGGCCGGUUUAUGAGCUGAGCCCGGAUCCCAACAACACCGGCUUCAUCAACCAGGACUUCGUGGUGUGGAUGCGCACCGCGGCGCUGCCCACGUUCCGCAAGCUGUACGCGCGCAUCCGCCAGGGCAACUACUCCGCCGGUCUGCCCCGGGGCACCUACCGAGUCAACAUCACCUACAACUACCCGGUGCGCGCCUUCGGCGGCCACAAGCUCAUCAUCCUUAGCAACAUCUCAUGGAUGGGUGGCAAGAACCCCUUCCUGGGCAUCGCCUACCUGGUCGUCGGCUCCCUCUGCAUUAUCAUGGGCUUUGUCAUGCUGGUCGUCUACAUUCGCUACCAGGACCAGGAGGACGACGACAACGACGAUGAGUGACCCUGCUUCCCAAGAACCCCUUCCUACUUCUUGGCCAAGCCGCUUUUAGCGGUGUCCCUUUGCUCCUUAACACAACUUCAGGCUCACUGAUCUGUUGUGGACGAAGGGCCUGGAAAAGGGAAUUACCCGCUACGGGGACUGUUCUCAGGUUUUGGACAGCAGAUUGAUACAUCUUGCCAUUUCUCCCAUCUUCUCCGUGGCUUGACUAGUUGACACGCCAGGUCCUUAAAGUCUACCGCAUUCCAGGGCAAAGGACAUGGAAGAUUCCUGGAUUGGAACUCAUUAAGACCAACGGCCAGGAUCCUGAUUCUGAGCCUAAACUUUUGUACCUCCCUCUAAGCACUCCUCCCUCAGCUUUCUGGGAGGGAGCUAUCAGGUGGGGCGGGGAAGUGUUGGGAUAAUGAUACCCGCUGAUUGCCUGCAGAAGCUUGGAGGAUCAGGGAAAGCAUACUUGUUAAAACUUAAGUCGAUGGUGAGGCACCAGGCCCCUCAGGUUCUGAGGCCAGGAUGAGCAAGCUUCUCUGGAGUCCCUGUGCCCUUGAAUUUGGGAAUCUUGAGCCAGGUUGGGCCUGAAGUACUCGCCUGAGUUCAGUUUUCCUGUGAUAAUUUGUUCUGGUGAACAGUGGCAAUCAUAGUGCUCCUAUGUUUGCUCUUCUUACACAUAGGAAGGAAGCUGGCAAUUUGUGGAAUGAAUGAGAAAAAUUGCUAGGUCUAGGAAACUGCAGAUCUGCAGGGCAGAAGUGCGUCAUUAAAUAUAAGAGCAAACUUAAUAGGACGCCACGUAAAAAUCUGAAAAUGCAAGGGCAGUUUGCAUGGCUCAGGGGCAAGUUUCUUAACCCGAAAAGCUGGGUUGCAAAUGAUCUUAGUGGGACGCUGUUUCCGUGGAACCCUGAGGGACCGACCCUUGCCUUCUUUCUCACCCCCCUUUGAAUCAUGCUAAAAAGAAUAGUUUAACUCAUUUGUGUUAUUUUAACAAAGAAGUAUCUUAAACCCAGUUUCAACUCUCCAGUGAAACCCAUUUCUAGUGAUCACGUUUAAGAUUGAUAAGAAAUAUAUUCUUAUAUGCAAAAUAGACUCUGGAUUAUUUUAGCCUUUAAGAUAAUGCUAGAACUACUCAGCUGAUUUUAUUUGAUUGCCUACAAUUGAUAAAAAAGCUAGUCUCAGAGGCAAUUGGGACAUUUUUUAAUGUAACUCCCCCCCCAUUUUAUGGAACAAUAAUUUAAAAAAUAAAAUAAAAUUUCCCUGAUUCUGUCUUCCAGGUUCCCCUGAAGAAAAGUUACUUGGCAUUUGUCAGGGUCCUCUGGGCUGGCUCCCUACUGCUGUUAUUUUCUGGUUAUUGGUAUAUUUUCAUUCCUCGAAGGCAGCACGGGUCUUGGGAGUAUGUUUUAUGGCAGCCAAAUGUUGAGUUAUAGCGAUUAUUUCCAUUGAUUCUAUUAUUCUCUUCUAGUUAAUACUUUUUGGGUGAACAGCAUGCCUGUCUAAGAUAAAAAAUGACUUAAAAUAAUCUUGUCUCAGUUUUAUGUAUAUCAAACAAUUCCUGGGUGGUGGUGGCACACACCUUUAAUCCCAGCACUUGGGAGGCAGAGGCAGGCGGAUUUCUGAGUUUGAGGCCAGCCUGGUCUACAGAGUGAGUUCCAGGACAGCCAGGGCUACACAGAGAAACCCUGUCUCAAACAAAACAAAACAAAACAAGAAAAACAAACAAUUCCUUAGCAAUUCCAACAUGUUGGCUUUCUGACUUCUGAAUGUGAUAAAAUUUAAUGUCAGGUCGCACAUUGUGACUGUUGACUAUGGAAAGCUGAACAUGAUACGCACUGCAGAACAUUUUAUUUACUGUGAAUGCUUGGUUGACUAGCCUUCCUCUGGGCCAGGUAAAGCAGUUUGUUCAUUUUUUUCCCUAUACAGUUGAGGGUAACUAUAUUUUACUAUCAUUUUGUAGAGCAUUAGUCUUUUGUUGUAAAUUUUUAUGUGAGUCCAUGAAAUGUAAAGUCCUGUGAUUAAAUUGCAGUCCCAGGCUUUGUUUUCAAGGUUUCUGAAAGAGAAUAAAGGUUGUGUUUGUCUUUCUCUGUUAUCACAUUACUUAGUUCUUUUGAACUAUGAUCUCAAAGGCACAAACAGUACCAGCCGUUCGCCUCCUGUCACCAGCACAUUUAUAUUGCAGCCAGAGAGAGCACCACCAUUCAGAAUGGUGGCCAGUCAGCACGAAUUUAGUCUUUUAUUGCUAACUUCCUAAAACAGAAUUUGAACUUACAUCAACAUCCUAUGUUUGGAUGACAUGAUCCUCAAUUAUUGUUUGAAUUUGACCAAUGACAAUGUCUUUUAAAUUUUCCUUUGAAAGGUUAUUAAAGAAUGUGAUCAUAG